AUGCGACCGAUCAGUCUUGCUUUCUGUGUAGCGUUCUGCUCCUUCUUCAUCCCCGCCACCAUCGCACAGUCAGUAUUGGGUGCCUCGUGCUCCGGGACAGGUGCUUGCAGGAGUACUGCUUAUUGCUCCAACGGUAUCUGCGGCGGUCCAGGCGCUUUCUGCCAAACUGCGAGCACGGAUUGCGCCAACGGUCAGAACUGCCUCGACAACGAGUGCACGUCUUUGGCUCGGUCCACCCUUGGCGGCACCUGUUCGCGGACCCUUCAAUGUCCCGCCAGCGCUCAGUGCACCAACGGCAUUUGCGGCGGUCCCGGCGGCUUCUGCCAGAAUGCGGACACGGACUGCGCCAACGGUCAAAACUGCCUCGACAGCGAGUGCACGUCUUUGGCUUUGUCCACCCUCGGCGGGACGUGCUCGCGGACCCUUCAAUGUCCCGCCAGCGCUCAGUGCACCAACGGCAUUUGCGGCGGUCCCGGCGGUUUCUGUAUCACAGCAAGCACGGACUGCGCCAACGGUCAGAACUGCCUCGACAGCGAGUGCACGUCUUUGGCUCGGUCCACCCUGGGCGGCACCUGUUCGCGGACCCUCCAAUGUCCCGCCAAUUCUCGGUGCACCGACGGUAUCUGCGGCGGUCCCGGCGGUUUCUGUAUUACAGCAAGCACGGACUGCGCCAACGGUCAGAACUGCCUCGACAACGAGUGCACGUCUUUGGCUCCGUCCACCCUUGGUGGCACCUGUUCGCGGACCCUUCAAUGUCCCGCCAACGCUCGGUGCACCGACGGUAUCUGCGGCGGUCCCGGCGGUUUCUGUAUCACAGCAAGCACGGACUGCGCCAACGGUCAGAACUGCCUCGACAACGAGUGCACGUCUUUGGCUCCGUCCACCCUUGGUGGCACCUGUUCGCGGACCCUUCAAUGUCCUGCCAACGCUCGGUGCACCGACGGUAUCUGCGGCGGUCCCGGUGGGUUCUGCAUCACAGCAAGUACGGACUGCGCCAAUGGCCAGAACUGCCUCGACAAUGUGUGCACGUCUCUGGCUCCUCAACCUCUCGGCGCAACCUGCUCGAGCAACAUCCAAUGCCCCGGCAACGCUCGCUGCACCGACGGUAUCUGCGGCGGUCCCGGCGGCUUCUGCAUCACUGCAAGUACGGACUGCGCCAAUGGCCAGAACUGCCUCGACAAUGAGUGCACGUCUUUGGCUCCUCAACCUCUCGGGGCAACCUGCUCCAGCGACAUCCAAUGCCCCGGCAACGCUCGUUGCUUCAGCAAUAUCUGCGGCGGUACCGGCGCUUUCUGUAUCGCGGAUAGCGGCCAAUCAGGUGGUUCAGGGCCCUCAUCGGGUUGCUUCAGCGGAACUUGCUCCGCCUAUGCUUGCACCAUGGCAGCAAGCCAGCGACCUCAAGGCCGGCGAGAUGUCGCGACCCAGUGGGUGGCGUCGCAGAGCUGUCGCCGAGGCUAUCUUCAAUGCCAAGUCGCACCUGGGAUGAAGCUCGUCGAGUGUAUCGAUCCGCUUACCGACCUCGAGAACUGCGGUGGCUGUGUUGUGGGCGAGAACGGGACAGGCGUUGACUGCACGGUGAUUCCUGGGGUAGCGGGGAUCAGAUGCCAGCGAGGUAGCUGUGUCAUCGAAUCCUGUGCGGAAGGACUCGCAUACCAGGAGGAGACCAAUACUUGCGCCUGA